AUGGGCCUCCCGAGCUCGCCACUCCUGCUCGAGAACCUGGUCAACUACGCUCAGAGCUCCCCAGGGCCCCGCCUGGGCGCGGGCUGGAGGGAGUGGUGCAACGAAGUAAUGGCCGCCCUCAACUGGCCCCACUGCGGCAAGGACGAGCUGCGCGAGCCCAGGCACCUUGCGGACCAGCACCGCGAGUUUGAGCUGCCCGCCGCCAACUCGGAGAGGGGCAGCGCCUGCGAAGCAUCCCACGCAGAGAUGCUCGCUCAGGCACCUGGCUACGCUGGCGACAGCGGUCGGGCGCGCCCCUACAGCGAGCCGCUUGCGGCCUGGCCCGAGUCGACGAAGGCAGUCUCCACCGCCGACGUCGUCGCCGAGGCUGACUCCGCCGCGCUGCAGGGCUGGGGGCAGAGUAUGCUGAAUCCCGAGUCGGUCGCGGCGGAGCUUCGCGAGUCUCCGGGGGCGUCACGCCCCUAUGCGGAUCCUGAGCUUCGUCAUCGCCCGAAGUCGUGCGCCCAGUUCUUGAAACAGCCGGAGGCCCGCGACGCGAUGUCGCGGCAGGCCGCCAGCCCUCUGGCCUCUUUUACAACCUCUUUGUUCUUUGUGGAGAAGUCCAACCACAUGCUGAGGUUUGCAUUCGACACUCGGAUGGCCAACUGCAGUUUCGCAGCGCCGCCAGCCGCAAGGCAUCCCACGCCCGGCGCGCGGGCCAGCGUCGACUGCGACGACAGUAUUGUGUUCGCCCAGGGCGACAUCCAGUGCGCUUUCUAUCACUUACGUUUGCCUGCAGGGAAGGAGUCGCUGUUCUCGCUGCCCGCGAUCUCCAAUAUAUCCAUCGGUCUCAAAUCCAUCAACGGUGCCCCCACUGGUAUCAACGACUUCGCCCAGCCCUUGGUCACGGUGGCCCCCAUGGGAUGGCGCGUCGCGGGCGCGGCUCUGGCAUGCGGUUUUCGCGCGCUGGUGCGCCGGGUGCCCGCUGAGAGGAACGUCUCCGACAGGAGCUGCCGCGCCCGCGCCCAGAAGUUGCCGAGCUGGAACCCGUGGGCCGCGAGGGUCUUCGGGGGCAAUGCCGAGCAGGACGUCGUCCUGGCGCUGUUCUUCGCCCAUCUCUUCCUCGACGGCUACGCCAGCGCGACGGGCCGCAUGGCGACGGCCGCGCUCAGACGCUGGCUGGGGGCAGGCCGCGGCCCGGGGCCUUUCGGGCCCCCCGGCCCAGGGCGCAUCGCGGAGGCCAGCCUGUGGAGCUUCUCCCCCGACCAAGUGCGCCAGGCCUUCGAGAGCUCUCUGGUCCCGCUCCAGCUCGACGGGGAGCGGGCCUCGCUGCGCCACGGGGCGCUGGACGCCGUGGCCCGAGCGUCUGCGAACGGGCUCCCCUUUGAAGUGGCCAGCGCUGGCACGGACAUGAUAGUGGCCGCCGCUAGUCAGCUGCCCGGCGCCGCCAGAUAUAUAGGACAGUUUUUGAUCAAUGAGUUUUUUUCGGCCGUGGCCGCGCGCGAGGACUUGCGCGCGGCACCGAGUCUGUGCUUCGCCAGCGGUCGUCUCGAGCUCGUGGCCGCCCUGCGACGCAUGCCCUCGCUGGCCGCCGCCACGGCCGGAGUGCCACGGGCGCUCGAGGGGUCUGAGGACCGGGCGACCUGCUGGCGCCAGAAGCGCACCGGGCAGGGUGUUCAGAUACGACAUCUUUGGGUGGACAAGGGCAACGUUAGGACGUCGAGCGAUGCGUCGGCACGGGCGCUGCGGGCGGGCCCGGGCUCCCGCGCCCUGCUCCCCCGCGGCAUCGUCGGUGUCGUGGUCGCCCUCGUCACUCAAGCGAUCACGUUGCUGCACGAAAGGUUGGGGGCGACUGGCGUGAUAGAAGCGGGCCGCCUCGCACAACGUGGAGUAUGUCCAGCUCGUGUUUUCGUGAAGGUCAAGGCCAGAAGGCAGCACCCCAAGUCCUGCAAGGGGAUCGGGAUUCUCAUCCUCGGGGGCGUGCUGCGCGAAGUAGCGACGAAGCUGUACCGCGGGGACUCGGCAACCCACAGGGCGGUGGCCAUCUCGGCCCGGCAGCCGCCGACACAGCGCAGCACGCUGCCCGUGGCGGCGUCCGCCGAGAGUGCGAUCGCGGGUGCUGCGCCAGAAGCCAGGGCAUGCACCCGCCCCGCGCUGGAGGGCGAGACCUCAGCGGCGGGUGCGGACUCGGCGGCCUGCCUGGCAGGAGGAGCCGAGCUGACGCCCAUCGCAGACCUGGCGCCGCCACCGCCGCCGCCGCAGGCAGUGCCUCAGGCAGUGGCCGUCAGCGCGGCCUCGGACGAGGCUGGGCAGCCCGACGGGUCAUUUGGCUCGGCAUGGCCAGCCAAUCCUACCUUGCUUGAGACGAGGCAUGGGCGGCUUGAGGAGGACCGAGCGGGCGAAGGCCUCGGCCGAGGUCCUCGGCAAGGACGGCGGCUGAGGGCCCGACGUGGACCGAGCCCGCGGCGUGGGACUCGAUCGCCUGCAUAUCAUUUUUCCUAG